CUCCUUUUAAGAGAGAGAGAGAGAGAGAUGUUUCAACCACUGGUUCACUCCCCAGAUGGCCACAACAACAGCCCAGAGCUGGGCCAGGCUGAAGCAGGCGCCUGGGGCUUCCUCCGGGUCUCCCACGAGGGUGCAGGGGCCCACGCACUUGGGCCGUCUUCCACUGCCUUCCCGGGCGCAUUAGCAGGAAGCUGGACUGGAAGUGGAGCCGCUGGGACUUGAACCAGCGCUCUGGCAUGGAUGCUUGUGUUUAAGGGGUGGCUUAGCCUGCUGAGCCACAAGGCCUGCUCCAACUUUCCACAGACAGGAAGCAGCUGAGAAAGCUACCGGCAAAGGAUGGGUGACUCAGCAGAGCCGAGAGCCCGGGGAGUGGGGCUGGGCGCAGGGAGGCUGAGCUCCGCUCGCCGCACGGCAGGAAUCGGCAGCAUCUGGAGCCGCGACUGCGCGUGGGGCUGUGGCCGCUGUGGCUCCCACUGCUGUGCCACGGGCACCACGUCCACCACACGAUCCUGGCGCCACAGGACGGAGCCCUCGGGGGUCCUGGCCAGGCCUCGUGGGGCACUGCGGCUGGUUCCUGAGGCUGCCCCGGCGGGGCCCCUCACCCCUCUUGCUUUCUCCUUCGCUGCCCCCUUUCCCCACAGCCGGGCCAGCUGCCCCCAAGUCCCCACCGCUGCCCUGGGAACGCCUUUGCUUUCUCCCAUUUGAGUCCUCGGUCGGUCCUGGGUCCGCUCCCUCGCUCUCCGCUUGUGGCUUGUCCUGGUGGACGCCCCUAAGGGGACGCCUCAGGUUAGGAGGAGGCCGGGAGGUUGGGGUCUGGGCGUCCCUCCCUCCCAGGACCGUCAGUCCCUGGCAUCCCUCAGUGCGGGGUGCAGGGGCGGCGCAGGCGUCUGGCGAGACCUAUCUACCGGGACUGCGGUGGCGACUGCUCCUCGCGGCCAGGGCCCCUCCCCCCGUUGUUACCAAACAGUCCUGUGGCCCCGUGGGAGGCCACGUGACCAGCCCGAGCGAAUCAGGGCAGGGAGGAGCCCCGGUCCUCCUAGUGGGAACUCCUCCAGGAAGAGCAGCCGGCGCCCGCGUGCCUGGCACACGGAGUCACCACCACCAAGGCAGGCUGCAGCCUGCCACCUGCCCUUGAAGGAAACGCACAGGGACUCAGGAGGCCAAGGCAUCCAGAGCCUGUGGGCGCCCCAGGAUGCUGAACAGGAUGGUGGGCGGCCAGGACGCCCUGGCGGGCGAGUGGCCCUGGCAGGUCAGCAUCCAGCGCAACGGGAGCCACUUCUGCGGCGGCAGCCUCAUCUCAGAGCAGUGGGUCCUGACGGCCGCGCACUGCUUCCCCGACACCUCGGACACAUCCCUCUACUGGGUGCUGCUGGGUGCACGGCAGCUAGUGCGGCCGGGGCCCCAUGCCCAGUACGCCCGGGUGCGGCGGGUGGAGAGCAACCCCCUGUACCAGGGCAUGGCCUCCAGUGCCGACCUGGCCCUCGUGGAGCUGGCGGAGCCCGUGACCUUCACCAACUACAUCCUCCCCGUGUGUGUGCCCGACUCCUCGGUGGUCUUUGAGACGGGGACGAACUGCUGGGUCACCGGCUGGGGCAGCCCCAGUGAGCAAGACCGCCUGCCCAACCCCCGGGUCCUGCAGAAGCUUGCGGUGCCCAUCAUCGACACCCCCAAGUGCAACCUGCUGUACAGCAAGGACGCCGAGGCUGGCUUCCAGCCCAAGACCAUCGAGGCCGACAUGCUUUGUGCCGGCUUUGCCGAGGGGAAGAAGGACGCCUGCAAGGGCGACUCAGGAGGCCCCCUGGUGUGCCUCGUGGGCCAGUCGUGGCUGCAGGCCGGGGUUAUCAGCUGGGGCGAGGGCUGCGCCCGCCGGAACCGCCCAGGCGUCUACGUGCGGGUCACUUCCCACCACGCCUGGAUCCGUCGGAUCAUUCCGGAUCUGCAGUUCCAGCCGGCGAGGUCGGGCGGCCAGAAGGGAGACCGCCGGGGCCAGCAGCCUGCGGGCCGGAACGUCGCGCCCUGCCUGGCGGCCCACGCAGUCCUGCUGGGCCUCACGGCACUGCUGGCCGCCCUCUGAGCCGCCCAGGCUGGGGCCAGGCCCAUGGUGUAUGUUUGUACAUAGCUCCUGCCCUCCCCUCUCCCAGACCGUUCUUUUUAUUUAUGUCCACCUCCAGUAUAAAGCCCAGCUCAGGAUCAGCGGCCGGCUGCGACCCUUGGGAGAUCUGGGGGGUGGCGGCUGAGGCUCAGGGUGGGGGAAGGCGCCAUGGCGGGGGCAGGGAACUGUGGAGGCACAUCCAGGCCAGGCCAUCACCACCCCAGAUCCCUGCUGCCACCCCAUGCUGGCAUGGCCACAGACAAGCCCCACACAGGAGGCAGCAGGGCUGUGCAUGGCCGUGGGUCAGGGGCACGGCCUCCUCUGCAGGUCCCCCCACUCGCCCCAGACUCCUCUACAAAGCACAGGAACCACCCUGCACACAGUCCGUGCUGUGCUGGGGCCUCAGCCCCAGCCAGGAGCAGCACCCCAGGGAGUCCACAGCAGCGUGGGGGUCUGGGCAUGCAGGCACUGGUAUCACCCAUGCCCACGUGUGAGCAUGCACAGGCCAGGGAGAUGCAGGCACCUGCUGGGACCGCUGGGGACAGCAAGGAGGGGACACUGGGUCCUCUCCACUCCCUGCCCCUGGUGCUCUCUGCCUUUUCAGGACCAGCCCUAUCCCAGGGACCUUCCCCAGGCCAGGUCGUGGGUCCUGAGGGCUGUCCCAGGAAAAGCUCCAGGCCACCCUGACAGGCACUGGACAGCCCUGUGCCUUCCGAAGGCUGGCCUGUCACCCGUGUGGUGGGAAGCCAGGACGAAGCUGCUCCUGGAGACCGCAGGGACUGGGCCUUGCUCUUGGUGGGAGGCCUUUCUACAGGGCACAGGUCUGCUGAGGGUCCACUGGGGUCACCAGGGAAGGGGGUGCCCAGGUACACACAGGGCUCAUCCAGCACGGGAGGCCUCCCCGGCAGUGACACUGGCUGCUGUCACAGCGCAGGGCCGCAGGGCACAUGGCCCCACCCCAGCCCCAGGACAGACACUGAACAAGCAGACAAGAGGAGCGUUCCCCCCAGACAAGCAUGUAAAGGGAGACCGGCUUGUCCCGAGCAGCUGUCAGUUCACGCGGAGCUCAGUGUGGGGAGGGUGAAGACGGCCAAGGUGGCCAGGCUCCCUCUCCCGCCCCGGCCGAGGACGCAGCUCAGAGCCAUCUGCCAGGGGGACGGGGCAAGGUCUCAGGACCGAAUGGCCCUUACCUGAUGCCAUGGCACGCCCCAGGUGCUCAAAGGUGAGACAGGUGGGAGGUGUGAGAAGAGGAGCCCCCAAACCCAGGGACCCCCCACUGCCCUGUGCGGUGGUGAGCCAGCACUGCCGUCUGUGGUUUCUUUCUGCCCAGAGGUGCUGGGUGGCCUGUUCCCAUCAUGGAUGCCCACCCAUGUGCUGACAGCCAGCGCCUUGGCACCCUGGAAACAGAGGGGCACUGGGCACCAGUCAGCCCCUGCCCCCACCUCUGUGAGCCCCUGCUGGUGGGAAGGGGAGAGAGGCUCCUGUGGCCCCCUGGGAGGUUCCAGCCAUGGGUUCUGCACAAAGCCCAGCAGCUGGGGGCCCACGUGGGGAACCUGCUCUGCUCGAGCCCUGUCUGGGAGCCAAGAGCCGCUCUGACGCCGCACCCGGCCCCUCCCCAGACACCGCAGAGCACAGGUCUGCUGGAGCUCACGGGCAGGCAGGGCUCCUUGUGGGCCUCAGCCUCAGGGUCUGGACUGGACGCUGACUCCCUCCCGAUCUUUGCAGACAGAAGGGCUACGGGCUUGGCCAGGGGCACCACAUGGAGGCCUCUGCGUGCCUGCAACUCUGCUUGGCCAAGGAACCCGAGACGCAUCUAAGCCCCUGGCUGGCACUAGGCAGCUGAAGACCCUGUUCCUUUGGAGCAGAACAGAAUCUGGGGUCCCCCCUCCGUGCCCCAGGCUGAGCACGGUCCCUGCACGGGCAGCUCCCACUGGCUCUGAGCCCACACCAGGGCCCUGGGGCCACACCUGGAAGCCGCGGGGACAAGGCAGGGAGCCAGGGGCUGGGCUUCCACAGAGCAGCAGCCGGGGGGGCCCGAGCCGGGGCACUGCCCUGAGUUCAAGGCAGGCGCUUCGGGCCAAGGCAGAGGCCUGAGAGGCAGACAGUGACUCUUUAUGAGGUCUCCUGCCUCCAGGAGAGGGAGUGUGAUGGCAGCAGGAGGCUGGCAGGUGUCCAUGGGGACUGCCCAGAGCGGCAGGGGGCAUGGGAGCUCUA